AUGGACUUCGAAAUUGUGUUGACCGGCAUUCGGAAUGUCUGGGACAAGUUGCAGGCUUUCGGCGCAACGUGUGGAGCAACAACGAAGACUUCUCGUCGAGAGGAGGUUGGUCUGACGCAUGUGUUCGUUCUACACCCACUGGAUUCCGAGCAUCCAGAGGCGACACGAUCCACGCAGAGGGGUGCACGGUUGCUGCAUGAAGGCCGUGCAGAUGAGUCGAUUCGAGAGCUGCAUGAUGCGAGGGAGCUGGCUCCUCGCAGCCAUGUUGCUUGCUGUAAUCUCGGUUGUGCCUACCAGACAAAGAACGAUGACAGGGCGGCACUCUAUUGGUACCGUGAGGCUCAUAGACUUGAUCCUCACGACGAGACAGCCACCUUCGCAUUGGCUUUGCUAGAGCAGCGGCGCGGCCAGGCCGAAGAGGCACGCCGUCUGCUGAUGGCCUUCUUGCAAGAGGUCGACUCUUCGCAUGUGGGCGCCUUGCGCCAGCUGGGCCGUUUGCAUCAGCGUGAGUGCCACUGGUCGCAGGCCGCAGGUUGUUUCCAUCGCCUCAUAGCCGUGGACCCGACGAACGACGAGUGGCCCGCACAGCUCCAGGUUUGCUUGGACCAGGUGGAGAUCAAGGACGGCAAUGGCCAGGCAUUCCAGGGCAGGGCAUUUUCUUUCGACGAGGCCGUGCCGUCACGCUGCCGGAGUGCCCGACGUGGAGGAAAUGAUCCGCUUUCUGCAACUUCCACAACUUGCAGCUCAUGGACAGGCCCUGCCGUGCCGGGUGCUGCGAAGUUGCGUUGGAACGAGCCGGGUUUGGGUAGCGACGCUGGCGCUGGGCCUGGUUUCUUCCACCCCAUCCAGGAGAGCCAGAGCCAAAGCAGCCAAUCCAGGCCCCUGGAUGCGAAGGACGCUGCGCCUCACAUGAAGCCAGUGGAAUACGAGGACUACCAGGAGAACAGCAGAUUCAACGAGGCUGACAAGAGGCUCCAGCCUCGUGCAGCCCAGCGGGAGGAUCGUAACGGCCCGCUCACCAUUGGCUGGAGCGAACUCAUCCAGCCCGAGCACUUGAUCCUGGGACCACAGUUAGGUGCUGGUGGGUCGGCGCAGGUCUUCCAAGGUCGCUGGAAGGGACAAGAGGUUGCCGUCAAGCGAAUUUCGGGUGUGGCACACUUGGAGGCCAUGAAAAAGGAGAUUGACGCACUUCGAAGACUUAGACACCCUCGGCUGGUUCGCUUCAUCGGUGCCUGUUUGCAGCCACCCCUGUUGCUUGUAGUCACAGAGUAUAUGUCCGGCGGCUCGCUGCAUGACUGCUUAUUUGGGCCUCGGAAGACGGUGCCGCUUUCUCCGCGGCAGCGAUGGACAAUUGCAUGUCAGACGGCGGAGGGCCUGUCGUUCCUGCACUCGCAGCGGGUGGUACACAGGGACUUGAAAUCAAUGAACAUCCUGUUGGACUCGAGUCAGAAUGCCAAGAUUUGCGAUUUUGGUUUGGCUCACCAGAUGUGCAUGGAGUCAACCCACAUCGCCCGCAAGCUCGAUGGAGAAGGUGGCUCUCCACGCUACAUGGCACCGGAAUGCUACGACGCGAAAAUCGGCAAGUUGACUGAGAAAGUCGACAUUUGGGCUGCUGGUUGCAUCUUGAUUGAGCUUUUCGCAGGAACCCUGCCCUAUGCAGACUGCCAAACGAUGCCGCAGCUAACUGCAAGGAUCCUUGUUGAGAAGCGACCGCCAGAUGUGGCAGUUGGCACUCCUCCGCAGAUGGUGUCUCUGAUUGGGCGCUGUGUAAUGUUUGAUCCUCGUUGGCGGCUGGGUGCACCAGAGUUGCUCAGAGAGUUGACAAUGCUGCGUGGUGGCUGA